AUGGACCCAGAGAAACACGGUCAAGCUGUAACCAUGACAGCCGACAAGGCUCCCGCUGCGACUCCAGUCCCAGGUACAAUGGACGAGCGCAACAGCCAUGACGACGCCAUCAGAGCAGGCGAUUCAGAGAUGCUAGGUUCGAAUACUAACCAGAAUCCCAACCCCCAUAGAUACACCGAUGCUGGGCUACAAACAAGAGCUGCGCCGCCACUACUCCACCCUCGAGAUCUUCGCCAUCGCGUUCAGCAUCAUGGGCCUGCUGCCGUCGAUUGCGUCGACGCUGACCUUUUCGCUGCCUGCGGGGCCGGUGGGGAUGGUUUGGGCUGGCUUCUUGCGAGUAUCUUCAUCACCAUCGUUGGUCUGGCUAUGGCCGAUCUGGCGUCUGCAAUGCCGACUGCAGGCGGCCUCUACUUCUGGACGCAUUACUUCGCGUCUGAGAAAUGGAGGAAUCCGCUGAGUUUCGUGGUUGGAUACAGCAAUACGAUCGGCUUGGUUGGAGGGGUUUGCUCGGUUGAUUAUAGCUUCGCCUUGAUGCUGCUCUCUGUCAUCUCGCUAGCUCGCGACGGCACCUGGACUGCCUCCCGGCCAGUUGUCUACGGCACGUACGUCGCCUGCGUCGCGACCCACGGCCUCAUCGCGACGUUUUUCGGACGCAUCAUGCCCAAGAUCCAGGCUAUGUGCAUAUUUCUCAACGUCGGGCUCGUCAUCGCGACGGUCAUUGCCCUCCCAAUCGGCAACAAUGUCAACCACGUCCCGAUCAACUCCGGCAGUUACGUCUUCGGGGACGUCGAGAACCUCACCUCCUGGCCCACCGGCUGGGCGUUCAUGCUCGCCUGGCUCUCGCCCAUCUGGACGAUUGGCGCAUUCGACUCGUGUGUGCACAUGAGCGAGGAGGCGACACAUGCCUCGCGCGCGGUGCCGUUGGGCAUCGUCUGGUCCAGUGGGAUGUGCGGUGUGCUGGGAUGGGUUUCGCUGACGGUGAUUGCAGCGGUGAUGGAUACGAAGAUCGGCAAUAUUCUCGGUACUUCGUUUGGGCAGCCGAUGGCUCAGAUAUACUACGACUCUCUCGGCAAACAUGGUGCCCUUGGCUUCAUGGCUGUCGUUGCGGUCGUGCAGUUCUUCAUGGGACUGAGCUUGGUCAUCGCUGCCUCCCGCCAAAGCUGGGCUUUCUCUCGCGACGGCGCCCUGCCCUUCUCACGCUUCUUGCGGCACGUCAGCAAACGCAUCCGCUACCAACCGGUGCGAAUGAUCUGGGGCGUGGUCACCAUGUCCGUGAUCCUGGGCCUGCUCUGCCUGAUCAACGACGCGGCAUCGAACGCACUGUUCUCGCUCGCCGUGGCGGGCAACGACCUCGCCUGGGGCAUGCCCAUCUUUUGUCGGUUGAUGUGGGGCGAGAAGCAGGGCAAGUUCCGGCCGGGUGAGUUCUACACCGGUCGCUGGCUGAGCAGGCCGAUUGCUGUGACGGCGAUUGUGUAUCUCGUUUUUGCGAUUGUGCUGUCUAUGUUUCCGACGACGGGGCCGGAUCCGUCGCCCAAGGACAUGAACUACACGAUCGUGAUCAACGGCGCGCUCUGGGGCGGCGCACUGCUGUACUAUGCUCUCUUUGCAAGGAAAUGGUUCAAGGGGCCCAAGAUGACGGUGGGAGAGGAGUCUCCUACCAGCAAUGUGUCUGCGAUGGCCUCGCAGACGAAGGUCGAUAGUCGAUGA